UUUUUGUUGGUCUAUCGAUCAGAGUCCAGAGACGGCGGUUCUCGAUUGUGGUGCCCCUCUCUCUGUGCGUGCGGACUUCGCCGGCGAUGGUGGGGGCGGAGGAGGCGGCUCGGUUGGAUCGGCUCGAGAUCCAGGUGGAGAACGGCGGCGGAGGGGCGUGGGAGUACCUCUGUCUUGUCCACAAGCUCAAACCCCGGCGAUCCGACAAGGUCCUAAAGCACGGCCUCGCCAUCCUGAACGACCCCAAGGCCCGAUCUAAUCUCGGAGGAGAAGAAUGGACUCUUUAUGAGCAGGUAGCCUUUGCUGCUUUUGAUUGCCAGCAACACAAUGUUGCAAAGGAUUGUGUUGCAGUUCUCUCUAAGGAAUUCCCUGGAAGCCUAAGAGUUGGAAGAUUAGAGGGGAUGCUGCUUGAGGCCGAAAAUUCAUGGGCUGAAGCAGAAAAAGUAUAUGCACGCCUUCUAGAAGACAACCCACUUGAUCAGAUAAUCUACAAGAGAAAGGUUGCUAUUGCAAAAGCACAAGGAGAUUUGAAAGUUGCUGUUGAUUUUCUCAACAAAUACUUAGAAAUAUUUAUGUCAGAUCAUGAUGCUUGGAGAGAACUUGCUGAGAUCUAUGUGUCUCUACAAAUGUAUAAGCAAGCAGCCUUUUGUUACGAGGAGCUGCUAUUGUCUCAACCAACAGUUUCUCUAUAUCAUCUAGCUUAUGCAGAGGUACUUUACACAAUGGGAGGCCUGGAAAAUCUCUUAACAGCCAAAAAGUACUAUGCGUCUGCCACCACCCUAAGUGGAGGAAAGAACACUCGAGCUCUAUAUGGCAUAUGCUUGUGUAGUGCUGCCAUCAGCCAGCUUACGAAAGGCCGGAGCAAGGAAGAGAAAGAGAGCUCUGAUCUACCAUCUCUGGCUGCAGAAGCCCUGCUGCGUGACUACAAGUACAGGGCUCCUAAGAAGCUGCCUCUUCUUAACAGCAUGCUUAAGAACAUGAAGCUGAGUUCUUGAUCUGAAAUAUUUUUGUUUAGAUCUUUCUUCUUUGGAACUAGGGUUAUUUCAAAUGCUGCUAGAACACAGACCAUGUAGAAGUUCCUCUUGCAAAAUUAUUAUUGUUUCAGAUGAGAGAAAUUUUUUACUUCUGCAGAUCAUAAUGCCACAAGAAAAUUGGCAGAACAACUGUAUCAGAGACUGUAUUCCUGUUUUCUAUGAAAUUUCAACCUUCAUGAUGACCACAA